CUUUUUAGUGUUAUCGACAUGUCGUAAGGUCACACCCACCGCCACCACCUUGUGUUCGACAAAUUUCAUCGCCAUGCCAUAAUUUCGCCAUUUCUCAUCCGAUUUUCACGAAAUUUAGACAGACAUUUCUUAUUGGUGUUGUCGACAUGUCGCAAUGUCCCACCCACCGCCACCUCCUUGUUUUCGACAGACUUCGUCGCCUUACCUUAUUCCGCCAUUUAUCAUUUGUUUUGCCCGACUUAUCAUUUUAAAACAAUAGUGGCUGAAUUUUAGUCACAAAUUUAAAUGCUCAAAACUAGCAAAAACAUUUCGACUUGUAUCGCGUAAAAAAUCAGACGACCCACUAAUAUUAUUACAAAUUCUUUUUGUACAUAAAGUUAGGGAAAUUUAAAGCUAUCGUACGUCAAAAUCGUUGAAUGCUGGAAAAACAUUACUAUUUGUAAAAAAGGCUAAAAAACUGUGCGAAAAGUUAGUAUAGAUAUAUAUAAAUGAUGUCCAACUCUAGAUAAAUCAGCGAGAAGCAUUUAUGCAUGCAUGUACAAUGUGAAUAUGUGUGGCAAUAAUAAGUGAAUGGUAUUAAUUUCUUGUGGUUUGAUAUCUUUGUGGUCGUGAAACACAGUAAUUUGUUUACUGCAUGGAAUACUUGCAAAUCAUACAACACUAAUUUGUGUAUAGGGAAAUUAUUUGAGUCAUCGUCAUCAUUAAGCUUGAUAAUUUUAUUAAUUUUAAAACUUUAUUGCAUAAGAAUGGAAAGAAUUCAUCAAUUUAGAAAGCGGAGUCGAGCAAUAUCUGAAGUCGGAAAAUUUUUUAUAACUAUUGAACAAGUUCGAGUUUUAUUGGAAGAUUUAAAGAAAUGGGUUGACCUACUGAAUGCGAAGCAUGGGGAAAUUUUAGCUAUUCCACUUUCUAACGAUGAUAGAAACCAGCAAUUAGAAGAAAUUAAUGCGAAAAUAAAAUCACUGGGACAAGUCACAAAAUCCAAGUUGAAAGGAAUAGAAAAAACAAUUCAUGACCCCACCCCAGACGCUGCUGAUGUUGUCGACGAAUUUCAUGAAAUGCAAGAAGGGGUGGCAAGACGCGGAUCAAGCUCAAUCCAGUUGUACACUCCGGCUACGACACGGAUUCGCAAAGUGCAGUUUGCCUCCUUGGCGAAACAAUUUAGAGAAAUUAUGACCAACUAUCAACUAUCGCAAGUAAACUAUCGUGACCAGUUAAGGUCAAGGCUAAAGAGACAGCUUGAAAUUACAAACGCCUCAAUCUCGGAGGACGCUAUAGAGGAGUGGAUUGAUCAAGGAAAAAUGACCAUUUUUACUAAAUCUAUAAUUUUUGAUCCGAAAAUAGUCCGCGAUGUGGAAGCUCGUCAUAAUGAUUUACUCAAGUUAGAAAAAUCUAUAAGGGAUUUAAACGAAUUAUUCAAGGAAUUAGGGCAACAUGUCGAAUCACAAGGAUUUGUGAUCGACAAUAUUGAGCACACGGUGGCAAGAACGGUGUCCUUCGUGGAAAAUGGGAGACAAAAUGUUACUCAGGCACGAAUUUAUCGGGACAGUUUUCGAAAAAAAAAGGCAUGCUUGCUGACUACUGGGGGCGUGAUAUUUGUUCUAAUACUCCUCGGCACUCUCAUAUAUUUAAGUACGGCUCAAAUUUUUUGACGCAAAAAUCAAAAGAGGCCUUGCGACUUUCAGAUAUACUUUUAUG